AUGGGCGACCAGUUUCGCGCUAGGGUCUCUAGCAGUACGUUCAAUCCUCGACAUGCCUCGUUUGGUCGUAACUACACGCGCGGUUUCGGUUCGGGUGCUAGUAGUGCAGGGUGGGAACAAAUCGAGAUGGAAGACAUGCUUGGGGAAGACGACAGUGACGAGGAUUAA